CUCGGACAACUUGGACGACGAAGACGCAUCUUCAUUUAUGUUUUACCGCGAUCGGAGGCAUUUUAAUGUCAGAGGUUUAGCAGACACCAUGAAAUAUCUACAAGUUCUUCUAGUCGGCGCUGUUUUGGCUAUACAGGUGUAUAGUCAAAACUACAGACAAUCUGUAUACCACAACAAUCACCAAUCAACUAGCCAAUAUUCCCAUCAACUUCCACGAGGUGCUGGUUCAUGUCCAGAAAAAAAUGGCAGGUAUCCUACAGAUAUGUGUGACGGUUAUGUAGAAUGCAACGAAGGAGUCCCAGAAGAAAAAGUUUGUCAAGACGGUCUUCUUUUCAACGCUGCAGCGGGUGUGUUCGCCUUCCCUUGCCAAUAUCCUAUCGACGUGGACUGCUCAGGAAGAGAACAAACUCACCCGGCACAACCAACUGACGAAUGUCCACACCAAUUCGGUUACUACCGCAUGGGUGACCAAGCAGACUGCGGCAAGUUCAAGAACUGUGUCGACGGAAGAGCCUACAUCUUCGACUGUCCUGAAGGUUUGGCCUUCAACGGAGAGACAUACAGAUGCGACUGGCCAGAUCAAGUAUCCUCGUGCAAUGCCGAAGCAUACUUGGGCUUCACCUGUCCACAAGACGCCAAAACCCUCGGCUUAGGUUUGGGUCAAGAAGAAUACCGAUACUUCAGAUCCCCCAAUGACUGCCAAAGAUAUUUCAUCUGCGUCGAAGGUAAACCCAGGCUGUAUAACUGCGGUGAAGGACGCGCAUUUAACGAUUUGAUCAACGCCUGUGACGGUGCCGAGAAUGUCACCGGGUGUGCAGUUCCUAGUCACAAUUUCGAUACAAGGGUAGAUGAUAGAAGAGGACAGACGUAUAGCAAUUAUUAUCGGGGAUGAUUUAUAUUUAUGGUAGAUUUGGUACUUUUGUGAUAAUGUAAUAGUAUUUUUUUAAAUCAAUUUUAUACUUUUUAAAAAAUAGUAAAAUUAAGAAAAAAGAAUUUCCUUUAGUAGAUUGUAUACCAUUAAUCACAAAAAAUCAAGAAAAAUCCUUUAUAAAAGGUAUAUUAAUUUUAAAAAGAUCCUUUCGAAUUAUAUCCCAGAACGUUUUCGGGAUAAUAAUACCUUCAUCAGUGUCCUUUACAGAUAUACAUGCUUUGAGCCACCACAAUGUGUGGGUAAAAAUCCUUUAACAUAAUGUAACGACUCAGGCGCAAAAUAGAAAACGAGUGGUCAGUCUUACAAUGUAAUCUAAACAAAAAAAAAACAUUUACUACAAAAAAAAAUUCACAAAGAUCCCAAAAGUAAAGUGUCUAAAUACAAAAUAAUUGAAUUAGUCUUAUCCGCUCUGAGCUUCGCUGGUAUCGCCAACUCAACUAGCGAAUUACUAGUGCAACUUCGGUUGGAAAUUUAAAUUGUUUUAAACUAAGUAUUUUCUUGACGUGUAAUAUUUACAACGCAAAGAAGUAAUUAGAUUGUAGUCGAUUAUUAAUAUCAGGAAGUACAUAAUUAUUGAUAUUAAUAUUAUUGACCAUGAUUAUUUUAUUAAGAUUUUGCUUAUAAUUUUGAGGUUGUAUCGACUGCCAAUAUUAGUUUCCUUAUUUUCUGCUUCCGAUAGUUCCACAAUUAUCGUGUAGAUGGCGCUAGAUUAAUAGAUUAAUUAUACAAUAUAAUAAUAUAAUGUUAAAAAAACAAAGCUUUAGUAUGUAUUUGAGACGUAAGUAAAUUUAAGAUAAAAAUAUAUGCCACAGCUUUGGCCAACAAAACUUUUUCUAUUAAUGUUUUAAAUUAUUCACUUUCACAUUUUAUGUCAAAUUUCCAACCGAAGUUCACUGACUUGCCACUAUUGGCGCUCGCGAACUUUUAAGUAUCCCCUGUACCUACGAGCUCACAGCGGAUAAACACACAUUGCAUUGAAUUUUUUUCUCACUUCGAUUUUUGCAAAAAAAAAUAUUGAACAACGCUCAAUAUCAAACUGAUAAAACACUUCAGAAAAUGCAAUAGCCACAAGGACUAUUUUAAAGAUAGUCACUCGCACAUAUUUAUCUAAAUAGAUAUUUAGUGGUGUGUAGGAACGAAUAUUGGCAAAACUUGUUAAAACUUUAAAAUACGGCACGGAGUACCGCAGUGUGGACACCGGAGGUUUAAUAUGCCUUUUAUAAGGUAUUUCAAUUGAUUUUUUUAAUAUUUUUUUUACUACACUCACCGGCACAAAAUUCCGCCACCAAAAAUUUUUGAUUAAGUUUGACAAUCUAUAACUUUAUUAUUUGUACUCCGAUUUUCAAGAUUCUUGCAUCAGUUUGUAGGUAAUAACGUUUGUUCAACAGUAAAUGGUUUGAAUUCAAUUAGUGCGGUCGUAAAUAUUAUUAAAUUUAUCUGACCUGGCCCAUUGUUAAGACCCACCCGGAGCGAUAAGCCACCGAGGUAGACAGAGUUGGUCUUUUGCAAUUAACACUGACUAGACGGUACUCCCCUAAUCAAGCCUAAAAUAAAUUUUACCUGAAACCGGGCCUUUUAUACUAUUAUCGGUUAAUCCGGGCUGUUUAUAGUGGUAACUAAUUGAACUUAACCAUUUAGGCCGAUGUCAGAUUAUGCGUUUUGACCGGAUGCGUUUCCGCCGCAUCCGGUGAAAACGCAUAGUGUGACAGAUCGCUCCGGUUGCGUUGGAAACGGAUGCGUUUUGAGUCAUCGGUACGCGCUUACAAACUGCACCAGACUAAACGCAUAGUGUGACAGGUCGGUCCGGCUGCGUUGGAAACGGAUGCGUUUUCACCGCAUCCGGUCAAAACGCAUAAUGUGGCAUCGGCUUUACUGUUUAACAUACCAUACAUGUAUUGAUGUCGUUUGCUAUUAUCCCGGCAACAAAAAAUGUUUGCUUAGAUGGCAUUAUACGGGGGUGAAUGGAAGCGUUGUUUUUUCUCCUAACUUUAAAAAAUUCUGUGGAAAAAUUGGAGCGCUGAUUUUGUUUCAUACUCCUUUUGUAUUAUCCUGGAGGUAUCACUAUCACUAAGGUUUUGUUUUUGAAUUAUCCGAAUCUCUUUUCUUGUAAGAGCUGUAAAUAAAAACACUGCUUUGAAGGUUUAUUUAAUUAAAAAUAUCAAACGCACUAAAAUUAACAAAACAAAAUUAACAACAAAACAAUUCAAUAGCGGGUAUGUCCACCUCUUGCAGCAACGACUGCUCGCAAUCUGUUUAGCAUCGAAUAAAGAUGUGUUUUCCUUGUCUGGGGAAUAGUCCGAUAUUCCUUUACCAGGGCCUUAACUGUAUCAAAUUUUCUGAAGGCCUAGGAUGACGGCAAAUAGCUUUUUUUUAUUCAUCCCAUAAAUGCUCAAUAGGCUUGAGAUCUGGGCUGCAUGCGGGCCAUUCUAACCUUAUCAAUCCAACCUCUAUUUUAUGAGUCAAUCAGUGUUUUUAUUUACAAAAAAAGGUACAGCUCUUACAAGAAAAAAAAUAUUCGGAUAAUUUAAAAAACAAAAUGUUGGUGAUGCCUCCGGGAUAAUAUGACAGGACUAUGAAACAAAAUCUUUUUGUUAUCGGAAUAAUAGGUACCAAAUAAUACCAAUACAUGCACCUACAAACUGGUGCAAGAAUGUUGAAUAUCGGAGGAGAAAUACUUAAUAAAGUUAUAAAUUGUCAAAAUUAAUCAAAAAUUUUGGGUGGCGGAAUUUUGUGCCGGUGAGUGUAUAUUUCAUAAAUUUUUGUAUAUAUGUAUGUAUGUUAUCAUAAUCGAAGAAAUAACUUCAAGAAUUAGGUUAUUUAUUGUUAAAGAGAAAAUACACAAAGGGAAAGAGUCAAAAAUUAUAAAUUUAUCCGUACAACGAAUAAAUUACAUAUUGUUGAAUUAACACAGCUAAGUACCGAAAUAGGUUUAAAUAUUGUACAUAAAUUAAAUAAAGCACUAAGUAAGUA